AUGAUUGCAAUUGCGCGCCGGAAUCUCCCAUUUUCAUUUCUAAACCCUAAUCCAUUCCUCUGCAACUCCAAUCUUCAUUUCUUCCCCUCAAUCCAAUUCCAUUCUAGUUCUAGGAUCUCUGCAAUUUACGAUGUGUUGAUCCAUAACCACCAAUUCCCCCAUGAACUGGCUUCACUAGCCGCAUCACGCGUGACUAAAUUCGGAACACCCGAAAGAGCCGAUUCCGUAUUAUCAUUCCUAAAAGAGAACCGCUUUACCACUCCUCAGCUCCAGAAAUUGGUCCUGUACAGUCCUCUGAUUCUAGGGUACACUGUUGAGCGAUUGAAUUCCAGAUUGAAGUUGUUUCAAAAUUUGGGGAUUUCCUCCGAUGAGAAUGCCAAGAUAGUUUUCAGCAAUCCAACGAUUCUGCAUUCGAGUAUGUCGAACAAGAUCAUUCCUUCGUUAUCGAUUCUGAAAGGGCUAUUGGGAUCCAAUGAUGAUGUAGCUAGACUUUUGAAGAAAUGCUCAUGGUUUGUGACAGCUGAUUUGGAGAAAACCUUGAUGCCAAAUGUGGAGAUCUUGAAGAGCUGUGGUAUACCGAUGGAGCGUGUUCUUCACUUCCUCUACACUCACCCGAGGGGUUUCUUAGUGAAGCCGGAUAUCUUGAGGAAAUCCGUGGACAAGGCUGUUAAAUUCGGUGUCCCUCACACUUCAUUGACGUUUAUCCGAGCUGUCAUUGUGUUCAAUCACACUAGCGAAGGGAUGUGGGAAGUCAAGCUGCAGACUCUCCGCAAAUUGGGAUUUGGUGAACAUGACAUACUCGCAAUUUUUAGGAAGCAGGCACAAGUUUUCUCAGCGUCAGGGAAGAAAAUGAAGGAGGUGAUAGAGUUUCUGCUUGCUAGCGGGAAGUACGAUACAUCCAGUAUUGUGGCCUCUCCGUCAGCACUUGUGUGCAGUAUAGAGAAGAGGCUUGAGCCGCGUAUGCAAAUUCUGAUGCUUUUGGAGAGUCGGUAUCUGAUUAAGAAGUGGCCAUGUCUUGCAGUUGUUACUACGCUGACAGAUGCUAGAUUUUUUGACAGAUUUGUUCGGCCUCAUUAUGAUGUGAUUAGGGAUGAACACAUCACGAAGUUAUUUGUGCAAGGCAUAAAGCAAUGA